CCUAAAGAAAGGAGGCUUUAGAAGACUUGCAGAACGACUCACAAGGACAGAAAUAUGAAGUGGUUUCUGGUAGCAGUGGUUGUGUUGGCGGCGACGGUGAGGGAGGCGAUGCAGCAGUGCCUCACAGACGAAGAUAGGAUAAAAAUUUUGGGCGUCAAUCAAGAACUCCACGAAGUAGUAGAUUUCGGCCUCAAGUUGUACAAGGAGUUGGAGUUCGGGCCGGCCACCUCCUACCUGGCGACCGGGAGGAACCUGUUCUUCUCGCCCUACAGCAUCUGGUCGGCUUUCGUCCUUGCGUACUUCGGCUCCGGUGGGACAACCGAGGCCGAACUCGAGUCGGCGCUCGGCAUCGGCGAUAAGAUCAAUACUCUGACGAAGAUGCGUGCGCUCGAACUCACGUACGACUUGCGGCGCUCCACUGGCUCCAGCUACACGUUCAACUUGGCCAACCGCAUCUACAUCGACGCCGCCUCCCCCGUCCGAGACUGCAUCAAGAACAUUCUCUUCAGGGAAAUCGCAGAAACCGACUUUACAAACACCCUCAGGGCGGCGAAUGACAUCAAUGACUUCGUGUCAGAGACGACUCAGGGAAGGAUUCCCCGCAUGCUCGAGGAAUCUGACCUGAGGGACGCCCAGAUGGUACUGGUCAACGCAGCGUUCUUCAAAGGCAUCUGGAAAUACAAUUUUCUCAGCAAUAACACCUUCCUCGCACCCUUCCGGACCGAUCCUUACCUUAGCUUCCUGGAAGAAGCUGGAAAGCCUGUGAACGAAGCCGAAAUGGUGUCGAUGAUGAACCAGACCGGCAGCUUCAAGUACGGUGACUCGAAGGACCUGGAAGCCCGAAUCCUGGAGCUCCCCUACGAAGGCGGCGCCAUGUCGAUGUUCUUGCUGCUGCCGGAGGAAGAGGGUCCUUCGGGCUUCGGCAAGACGGUGGCGAGCCUCUCCUCCGCGUCCCUUUCGAAGGCCAUGAGGACCAUGAAGCCAAAUACGGUCAAUGUGCAGCUGCCGAGAUUCAACAUGAGCGUCGAGCUCAUAGACGAACUCGAAGCCAAUUUAAAAUUUAUCAAAUAUAUCACAUUCAUGUUCAGCAGGUCUACAUUACGAGUCAAACGCUGGCCCAUUGCAGACACGACAGCGGCCUACGUCAGAGAGGCAGAUGAACGGCAAGACUCUCUGCCCAAGGAUAACGCCAGGUCAUGGGUAGAAAAAGCGGGAAGUCCAGUUUCAUCCCCUAAAUACACACGGUAG